GGCUCGCGGGAUCUGUGUGACAGAAUUUCGCUUUUUUCGCCGACGAGACUCGAGGUGUGAGGCGACUCCGGGCUCCGUGAAGACCAGAGAGGAGGAGUUUUGGCGUUCUGGGCUCUGGCUGUUUUCCGCAGAAGGAAAGCACACCAGAGAGAGAUACCAUGGGGCAGACAGUGGAAGAAGACUCAAUGGGUGAAAAGAAGGAGAAUCAAGAGAGAGCUCCUCAAUCAGGCACAUCUUCUGUGAAAAAUGAUCAUUUUCAAUGGGAAAAAUACUUGGAAGAGACUGGAUCUUUAAGUGCUCCUUCAGAGUAUUUCAGACAGUCUAAGAUUCCGCCAGCUAAUGACUUCAAAGUUGGCAUGAAGUUGGAAGCCCAUGACCCUCGCAAUACGACUUCAGUAUGUAUUGCUACAGUUGUUGGAGUUACAGGUGCCAGGCUCCGUUUAAGAUUGGAUGGUAGUGAUAACCAAAAUGACUUUUGGCGGCUUGUUGAUUCUCCAGACAUACAGCCUGUUGGGACAUGUGAAAAGGAAGGGGACUUACUUCAGCCUCCACUGGGGUACCAGAUGAACACAUCGUCUUGGCCAAUGUUCCUCUUGCGAACACUGACUGGAUCUGAAAUGGCACCUGAAGCAUUCUUUAAGAAGGAACCACCAAAGCCACCUCUAAAUAAUUUUAAAGUGGGGAUGAAACUUGAAGCUGUAGACAGAAAGAACCCUUAUCUGAUCUGCCCUGCAACUAUUGGAAAUGUUAAAGGAGAUGAAGUUUAUAUCACAUUUGAUGGCUGGAGCGGAGCUUUCAAUUAUUGGUGCAAGUAUGAUUGUCGAGAUAUUUUCCCAGUUGGGUGGUGUAACCUGACAGGAGAUAUAUUACAACCACUAGGAAGUAAUGUUCUUAUUACAAAGAAUACCACAAAAACACAGCUGCCUCCUUCCAAGGCAGCUCAGCGCUCAAUGCAGUCUCCACAGAACAGUGCUAUAAUAUUACCAACACAUCAGACUAAGAAAUCAGGUCGGCCUAAACCACCUGGAUGUCCUUCAGACCCCAAGAAGGGAAGUUCUGUUAAGAAUACCACAACAAAGAAAAAAGGCCAACACUCAGGAAGAAAGGGAAAACGUAUUCCUGUCAUUUGCUCCACACCUUCAACUUCUGAAAAUGCACUGGCCAGAGAACAUGGUAACAUUUCAUAUGAUAAAGAUGUUUUCCCUGGGUCAUCUAAAAUAGUGAUGUCUACAGUCUGUGUCUAUAUAAACAAACAUGGAAACUGUGGCCCUCACCUGGAUCAGAACAAAAUCCAGCAGCUGCCAGACCACUUUGGCCCAGGCCCUGUCAAUGUGGUGCUCCGGCAGACGGUGCAGGCCUGUGUGGAUUGUGCCAUUCAAAGUAAGACUGUUUUUGAAUUCCUUAAGCCAGAUGAUCGUGGAGGAGAAGUGAUAACCGCUGCUUUUGAUGGGGAAAUUCAUUCCAUCCAGCUGCCUCCAGUGAACAGUGCAUCAUUUGUUCUUCGCUUUCUUGAGAACUUGUGCCACAGCCUGCAGUGUGAUAACCUUUUGAGUAGCCAGCCUUUUAGCUCUUAUAGAGGUAAUACUCAUAGUCCUGAAGAGAAUGAUCAAAAUAAACCAGUAGAAGAAGAUAUAAUGGAAAAGAAAAUCACCAAACGACCUUCUGAACAACCUUUGCCUUAUGUUGCUCCUCUCUCUCCUAAGCAACCCAAAAUAAUAGUGCAUCCCUCUGAAGAGGAAGUAUUACCUUCUGAGGAAGAUGGCAUGGCCAAAAAGGAAAAGCUUUCUGAAGAGUCCAAGAAGUCACCACUUAGUUCAGCAAAUUCUUUGAGUCCUGCCAGAAAAAAUCCUAUAAGCACUCAUACUCCAGUCUCCACGAAUGGUUCUCAAAGUAUGCGGUGCACCUCAAGCCUCAAAGUAGUGGAGACCAAAUCACCUAUCAAGAGUAGUCAGCUUGAAGUUGAAUUUGAAGUGCAGAGGGAAAGUGAAGUUGAAGCUCCAAGUUAUAUAGCUGUACCUGACCCCAGUGUCCUGAAGCAAGGCUUCUCUAAGGACCCUGAAACCUGGUCUGUGGAUGAAGUGAUACAGUUUAUGAAACAUAAAGAUCCUCAGAAGUCAGGCCCCCUUGCUGACCUCUUCAGGCAACAUGAAAUUGAUGGGAAGGCUCUGCUACUACUCAAAAGUGAUGUGAUUAUGAAGUAUAUGGGGCUGAAACUGGGGCCAGCCUUAAAGUUAUGUUAUUAUAUUGAAAAACUUAAAGAAGGAAAAUACAAUUGAAAAAAUAUAUGUUUAGAUUAGACAUAAUUUUCAGUUGUUUUGAUAACUUUUAAUGUAAAAGUAUUUUUAUUCUCAUAGCAAUUUUUGUUUUGUAGACAGUUCCUCUAAAACUACAUUAUAUCCAGAAUUGCAGAACUCUAUUAUAAGUCCAGUCUACUUCUUUAAAAGCCAUUAACAUGUUAGUAUUAGCAUAUUCAAAUUGGUAGUUCUUUAUCUCUGUUUAUUAUUUUAUUGUAGAGUUUACAAAUACACUUCAUGCAGGAAACAAAGAAACACCUUUGAUUUUGGUUAAUGUAUAUAUGUAAAACCAAAACAGCUAAAUCCCAAAGGGGAAAGUAUCAGGGACUGACAGGCUCUCUAAUGAAAUUCACACGAAGUUUUCCUUAGAUGAGAAUUUAAAGAUGCAACUAUAGAUAUCAUCUCUUUUUCAAAUACUUUGUCUGUUACUGCAAUGUUCUGUUUGUGUUCUAUCAAUUUCCUGAAAGGGAAUAGCCAUAUAAAUUAUCUUCCUUUCGUUACUAUUUCUCUAUAUGUUGUAUUUGUUAAUAUUUAAAGAAAAAACAAGCUUAUAAACUUUCUUAAAGUGUUUUUAUCAGUUUUUGAUGAAUUUUGAACAAUUAUAGAGUAGUUGUUCUAUGCAGGAGAUAUUAUACUACAAGGGUGGUUUUGAUGGAGUCCAAUUAAAUUUUUUCAAUGAAAUACCUGUUAUUUCUAAACUUUACAUAUUUUCUCCAAGCUUAGACAUUUAACUUGGGAUUCUUUCUCACAUCUUUAUAUGAAGAAGACUAUCCCUUCUCCAGUGGAUGUUCCCAACCCAAGAAUCGAACCGGGGUCUCCUGCAUUGCAGGCGAAGUCUUUCCCAACUUAGCUAUCAGGAAAGCCCUUACAUGAAGACACCUGUGCCCAAAUUUUAAAAUAUAUAUAUUUUAUUGUCUAUGUUUAUUCCUCAUAUGAAUUCAAUACUGUAUUUAUAUAUUAUUCUAUACUUGUAGGUAUUCAAACAAGUUAACCUGUUCUUUUUGAAUUUAAUAUGGCACUUUGCAUUGCCACAGAGGUAAUGGUGAACUAUUUAUAUAGUUGGAUGUUUUUAUUCUGAAAAAAUAUUUGCAUCAUUUGCUAUCACUAGUACCUCUCAUCUUAGUCUUCAGGGGAUAAGAAACAAUCCACAGAUUGGUUUCCAUACAGGGAAGUUCUCUGUCCUAUGCAAUGUUGUUAGUUAAUUUGCUUAGUUCUGAGCCAUUUAUUCUGCUAAAUUUUGGAAGAUGCAUUAAUUCUGACUUAUCGUUUUGGGUUUUAUUUUUAAAGUUAGAACUUUUGAGGGAAAAUGGUGCUAUAUGUUAAUUGUUAUUACUUUGUACAACUUUGGUGUAAUGUUUAUAAGCUAUGAGAAUCUGUGCUAAAAGUAUUAGCCAUUUGUUAUAAAUGCCAAUAAAAUGUACACCAGGGGCAAGAAUGUACAUUUUCUUUUUUAGAAAACCAAAUGUACUUUAUAUGAGAAUGCUACUAUUUAAAGGGUGGUUUCAUCUAUGUUAUUCACUUUGUGUUUUAAGACAAAAAUUCUAAUUUAAACUGUCUUCUCUCAAAUUGUUUGUGUGAAGAUGCUGUGCCCAUUUAAACAGUCCUCAGGUGUUUGUAUAAAUACUGUUUUACAGUCUUCAGAUUUUAAAAUAUAAUAAAGUUAAAUAACCUCAGUUAAUG